AUGCAUCGCAGUAGCUGCGAGCGGCGUCUCCGAGCUCAGUGCUGGGCAGGGCUGUGGCUUUGUCGCCUUCGCAGACCUCUCGCCGCUGAGCCCUGCUGCCUUGUGGCAGACGCUGCUCCCUCUGCGCAGGAGAGAGUCCAGGCCUUGGACUGCGCAGGAGAGAGUCCAGGCCUUGGACGCGGUCCUUGGCAGACGGCUCUGUCACGAGGAAGGUGUCUGGAGCAAGAAAGGGCAUCACCCGGCCAAGGCAGGGCUGCUCUUUGCGUGACCCAGACGUGCAGCGGCAGCUUGUUUCGCGGCGCUCCCGCUCAGACACAGCCAAAUUCCCUCUUACAGGAGUGCGAAGGGGGCCCUGCCCUGGCGAUAUUUCUCUGGGACCCAGCCACUGGCAAUCAGAUCGGCCGGGUGCUCGCCGGCCACUCCAAAUGGAUCACGUGUCUGUGCUGGGAACCGCUCCACAUAAACCCGGAGUGCCGCUACCUGGCAAGUGCCUCCAAGGAUGGCAGCGUCCGCAUCUGGGACACGCUGAUGGGCAGGUGUGACAAAAUCCUGACGAGCCACACACAGUCAGUGACGUGUUUGAAGUGGGGGGGCGAUGGCUUGCUCUACUCCUCCUCCCAGGACAGGACCAUCAAAGUCUGGAGGAGCCAGGACGGGGUCCUCUGCCGCACCUUGCAGGGCCACGCUCACUGGGUGAACACCAUGGCCCUUAGCACUGACUACGUUCUCCGCACUGGUGCCUUCGAACCUGCGGAAGCCACCAUCAACCCCCAGGACAUGAGCGGCUCCUUGAUGGAACUGAAGGAAAAGGCACAGCAGAGGUAUGACCAAGUCAGGGGCCAGGAACCAGAAAGGCUCGUCUCGGGGUCAGAUGAUUUCACGCUGUUUCUUUGGAGACCAGCAGAAGACAAGAAGCCACUGGAAAGAAUGAUGGGCCACCAGGCACUGAUUAACCAAGUCCUCUUCUCGCCAGACACCCGGAUAAUAGCUAGUGCUUCCUUUGACAAGUCCAUAAAGCUCUGGGAUGGUAGGACAGGAAAGUACCUGACGUCGCUGAGAGGACACGUCUCGGCUGUGUAUCAGAUCGCCUGGUCAGCCGACAGCCGCUUGCUGGUGAGCGGGAGCAGUGACAGCACGCUGAAGGUCUGGGAUGCCAAGAUGAAGAAACUGGCCAUCGAUCUCCCUGGCCACGCGGACGAGGUGUAUGCGACGGAUUGGAGCCCGGACGGACAGAGGGUAGCGAGUGGAGGGAAGGAUAAGUGUUUGCGGAUGUGA